AUGAUAUCUGAAGAAGUACCCUUAUCUUGCGGUGAAUACACCGUUAGUGUGACUCGUGGAGAAGCUCCUAAGAAGCCUAAUGUUGUCUAUGUCACAGAACAGGCUCCGUGUGGCAUUGGCUGUUAUAUCUAUGCUAUUCCUGGAAAGAAGCUGGAUGUCUACACUGCAGUGUUACAGGCCAGUGGCGAUAACACAGUGCUGGAUUUGGCACAUAGAUUGGGCCGUGUGUUAGUUAAGAAGAGCGGUUGUCCUAGUUACGUUUGUGUGAGUGGUCUGGUGAGCGAGUUGGACCAGAUGGAGUUGAUGGGAAGAGUAGUGGCCAUGGUGAGCUCUUAA